GCAUUUAUUAGCGAAUAGUUUUCAAUAUUUAAUUUUGAUAUAAAUGUGCAGCGACAAGAAAAUGACGACUGAAGUUGAUGAACCCAUUGAAAUAUCGAGCAUCUUUACGGUAAUGGUCAACAAUAAGAAUCGGAAGUUUCGUUACUUUUUAUUGAUGGUUAUUUUGUCUCUGACAGUUGCAAUUGGAUCAUAUGCUAUGUACAAAGCCUAUUUGGGCUUUUCGGCCUUUGAAGGGUUGAAUGAAAAAAGUUUUUUCAUUUUACAGCUUUUAAACGGAUUGGUGAUCAUCUUUUCAUACUUCAUACUGAUAUUUGUAUGCAAUUGGAAACGAUUUGUUGAAUUUCUUGAAGUUUGGUCUCAAACGGGCCUCGAACACGAUUCAAAGACCAUAAAGUACAUUAAAUAUCAACGUAAAAAGUGUCGACUCCUCAUUCUCAUACAUGUCAUUCUUAAUGUUACGGUAAGUUCAUCAACCUACCGAACCGAGAAACAAUCAUUAGAAUAUAUUUUUGAGUUGGUUCCAAUUGCUUUUACGAGUUUCACUUAUGCCGUCCUAUUGGGUCUGAUAACUGAUUUUUCGUUGCAAAUUUUGCUCUUUAUUUGUGCUACAUUCCUCCAUGUCAACAAACGACUUGAGCAUCUAACAAAAUUUCCAAAUUCAACUGAAGACAACAUUGGAUCGAUUCGUCUAAUGCACUCUUUUGGUUCCCAAAUGACACUCAAAGCUGAUCAAUUUAUUCGUCAUUUCAUUGCCUGCACUUACUCCAUGAUGAUCACAUUUAUUUUAAUUGAUCUUUAUCGUAUGAUUUACCUAUCGACUACGCCAACUGAUUAUUAUAUUUCAAUAAUUAUUCAAUUUGUCGUUAUCUCAAUGACUGCUGUAUUCACGUAUUAUGUGGUUAAAAUCAACGCUUGGGCCUCAAAGGGCUUCCACCAUGCAUAUCAACUAUCAUUCACUAAGAACAAUCCAAGUCACCUUGCAGAGACUUCGCUGCUCAUGUACAGAAUGGGUCGUAACGACAUUGGACUGACUUUUGCUAAUUUAUUUACUAUAACAGCAUCGUUUGUCACUUCACUGGCAACUCUUUGUGUAACAUUUAUUUUGGCCUUUCCAACAAUUAAAUCACAAUUCUGAACAUGUGAAUGGGAGUAAAGUUCAACUUGACAGUGCAACUUUUCAAAUUGAAUCUCAAAAGUAAAUGUAAUCCACUUAAGUGAUACAUACUGAAACCUGUCAGUCAUUUAGACUAAAUUCUGAGAAAAUUCCUAAACUAGCAUUUCAAUGGAUAAAAAUGAUUUCUACAAUGCAAUCUCGCUAAAGCUCGAGAUUGAAAUAUAAAAACGGUUAAAUAAGCUAUUCCAAGUGAGUCCAAGUAACUAACAGGUUUCUGUAUUUUCAUCUCAUAACAGUUGUCAUUUCAACUCUAAACUUCUGUAUAACUACGAUUCAAUCACGAUCUCUAUCCUGGCCUGCAUCCAAAUCUUACACUUUCGUACUCUACUCACAUUACUAUGACUAGUAGCACUUUAAAUAAGUCUUAAUGCUUGAAUUAUAUGGAUCGAUUCUCUGGUUUCUUGGCAAUUUGAAGGUUAAAUAAUGAUUUGAGUGAUCAGUCUAGACUUGCAUCGACUAAGCAAACCUGUCUCUAUGGCUAGUGACCAAAUAUCUUGAUAUCAAUAAAC